GUCUGAAACCUGCAAAAACAAUUUUCAACAUUCUCUCUCUUCUCUCUCUUCCUUCUGUGGAAACCUAAUCCAAUAUUCAAUUGACUUGUGAUUGGUUUUGGGUUUGAUUCAAUCAUUAGGGGUUAGAGGAACAAGAAGAGGGAGAGUUUCAAUUUAAAGUUUUUAUUUUUGAAAUUUUCCCAAAAGAGGAUUAGGGUUAAGGGUUUCUUUGGGUACUUUGAAAUUGAUGCAAAAUUUGAGUUUUUUGGGGUGCUCCUGAAUCGAAUCGGAGAAAAAAUUUGAUUUUUUCUUCUGGGUGUGUGGGAAAAUGGAUUUUGAGAUUUCUGAUGAGAUGUUAGGGACUUUUGCUCCACUUUUAGUUUAUUGGAUUUAUUCUGGUUUUUAUGUUGUUUUGGGGUUGUUUGCGGAGGAUUAUAGAUUACAUACCAUACAAGAUGAGGAUGAAAAGAAUUUGGUGUCUAAGUUUGAUGUUGUUAAAGGAGUUCUCCUUCAACAAGCUGUUCAAGCUGUGGUUGCAACCCUCUUAUUUGCAGUGACAGGAAGUGAUACCCAAAGUAGUACCAAUGAGAAUGCUUCUAUUCUUGUUUUAGCAAGACAAUUUGUUACUGCUAUGUUGGUAAUGGACACAUGGCAAUACUUUAUGCACAGAUACAUGCAUCAGAACAAGUUCCUAUACAAACACAUUCACUCUCUACAUCACAGACUCAUCGUACCCUAUUCGUUCGGAGCUCUUUACAACCACCCCGUUGAGGGUCUUCUUAACGACACAAUCGGUGGAGCUUUGUCUUUCCUCCUCUCUGGUAUGAGUCCUCGAGCAUCCAUAUUCUUCUUCUCCUUUGCCACCAUUAAAACUGUAGAUGAUCACUGCGGGUUAUGGCUCCCCGGAAACCUGUUCCAUAUGUUUUUCAAUAACAACUCUGCUUACCACGACGUACACCAUCAACUCUACGGUAACAAGUACAACUUCUCACAACCUUUCUUUGUUAUGUGGGACAAAAUAUUGGGUACCUACAUGCCAUACUCGCUGGAGAAGAGGGCAAGUGGUGGUUUUGAAUCUAGACCUUGUAAAGAUUUCAAGGCUGAAUGAGAAAUUAAUCUUUUUGCUUGAUGAGUAUUCUUUAUGUGUAAUAGUAUUGUUUUUUCCCACGUUUUGACGAUGAGCACUGCUACCCUAAUGAGAGUGAUCGUGCCUGUGUAUAUACAUAUGAUGUGUCCUAUUCUAUAUUCUUCUUUCCUUAAUGUUCAUACUAGGUAGGUUAAAUAAAGAAUAUUGGGGAGCAAUGUUUACUAUGUGAUUUUUACCCUUGUAUUACUGGCUGCUGAGUAAUUAUUUUGUAUCCUUGUUUUUAA